AUGGAGAGCAAGAAGCGAGUACUUUGCGGUUAUGGUGUUGAUGUAGAUGCAAUUGCAAACCACAUCAAUACUGGCGACGGCUCAAGGCCAAAUCUGUCUGGCGUGUCUAGGGGAGUUUUUGGUGCCAAGGUAGGGACCAAGCGCCUCUUGAAUCUGUUCGAUCAAAAGGGAAUCAAGUGUUCCUGGUUCAUUCCCGCCCAUACCGUCGAGACUUUCCCGGAAGAAAUGGUGGCGAUUCGAGAUGCAGGCCAUGAAAUCGGUCUACAUGGAUAUACACAUGAGUACCCUGGCGAGUUAACAAAUCAGCAAUUUCGCGACAUCAUGAUCAAGUCGAAGCAGAUUAUCAGCAAAUUCUGUGGCAAGGAGCCCAAAGGUUUUACUGCACCAGCUUGGGACCCCCACCCUGAGCAGAUCUCCAUCAUGGAAGAACUCGAGCUUACAUACGACCAUUCAAUGAUGCAUGAGGAUUUCCACUGUUACUACGCUCCCAAUGAUGGCGAGAUACAUGUCCCUACCAACCUGGCAAAGGACGCGGGGCAUUGGAUGGUUCCUUCAACGAAGACGGAGCCCUCUAACAUUGUAGUUAUACCAGGCUCGUGGACUUUUGAUGACUGGCCAGCCUUCCAACUUGAGCCGCGAAUGCCCAAUUCUCAAGGCUAUGUCGACCCGCGAGUUUUAUUACACAUUUGGCAGGAAUCGUUCCUCUACUGCUACGAGAAUUUUGAUACCUUCAUUGUUCCCAUUACAAUCCAUCCCCAAGUCAGCGGCAAACCACAUGCCCUUCGCUUCCAUGAAAAAUUCAUUGAUUGGGUAAACCAAUUCGAGGGAGUUCAAUGGUGUACCUUUGAGAAGAUGAGUGAAGAGUUCCGCAAUGGGAGAAUAUGAGUGUCGGGAUACAGCAGAUAGGCGCAUACCUCCCAACUGCCACCGGGUGCGAUUCGCGGAUCAACAAAUGCAGAAUGUAUUAGUUCUACCCCAUAAACCAAUUGUCUAUUUGAC